GGUGAGGCGGCCGGGCUCGGCCCGACCCCUGCCCGUCCGUCAGCCUGCGCGGGCUCCGAGAUCCCGCGUCCUCCGCAGGACCGCCCCCCGCGCCCUUCUCUCGUGCUCCAGGAAGGAACCCCGGAUGUUGGUUUUCGCUUUGCUUCCUACAUCGAUAAUUACAUGGUGCUGCAGAAGGAGCCUGCAGGGGCAGUGAUUUGGGGCUAUGGAGUAUCCGGAGCCACAGUGACAGUGACUCUGUGCCAAGAUCAGGAAACCAUCAUGAAGAAAGUGACCAGUGUGAAAGCACACUCUAAUAGCUGGAUGGUGGUACUGGAUCCUGUGAAGGCUGGUGGACCUUAUGAAGUGAUGGCACAGCAGAUUCUUGGGAGGAAGAACUUCACCCUGAGAAUUCAUGAUGUCUUAUUUGGAGAUGUCUGGCUUUGCAGUGGGCAAAGUAACAUGCAAAUGACUGUUUCACAGAUAUUUAAUGCCACAAGCGAGCUGUCGAACACAGCUGCCUAUCAGUCUGUCCGCAUCCUCUCCGUGUCUCUCAGCCAGGCUCAGCAGGAGCUGGAGGACCUCGCCAAGGUUGAUUUGCAAUGGUCCAAGCCCACCUUGGAAAACUUGGGCCAUGGCAAUUUCACGUACAUGUCAGCGGUGUGCUGGCUCUUUGGGCGUUACCUGCAUGACACUCUGCGGUAUCCCGUGGGGCUGCUCUCCUCCUCGUGGGCCGGGACGCCCAUUGAAGCCUGGUCGUCUGGAAGGUCACUGAAAGCCUGUGGGGUCCCGAGGCAAGGGUUCAUGCCAUCUGAUCUUGAAACUGGUCCCAGUGAAUGCUCUGUUCUCUGGAACGCCAUGAUCCAUCCGCUCCGUAAUAUGACUCUGAAAGGGGUGAUAUGGUACCAGGGGGAGUCCAAUGUAAACUUUAACAGGGACCUGUACAAUUGUACGUUCCCGGCACUCGUUGAAGACUGGCGCCAGACCUUCCACGAUGGCUCCCAGGGGCAGACAGAGCGCUUCUUCCCAUUUGGAUUUGUCCAGGAAAAACAGGAAUUUCAUGCGAGUGUGGAGUCUGCUGGUGCCCCCAUGAGGCCAGUGUGUAGUAGUGCAGCCGAUGAAAUGGAGAAUUACUGCAGGAAUUCUCAGCAAACUGCCAUUUUGAGACAACUUCCUAGGCUUGAGUGGAUGUUGGUAGCAUUUCUCCCUCAGCGCUUCAGCACACACCCUCGAGAUAAGCAGACGGUGGCCUACAGGCUGCACCUGGGGGCCCGUGCCGUGGCCUAUGGGGCGAAGUUGACCUUUCAAGGACCACUGCCUCAGAAGAUAGAACUCCUGGGCAACAUGGGGCUGCUCAACCUCACAUAUUCCCAGCCAAUCCAGGUGCAGAGGCACAACAACAAGAUAUUUGAGAUCUCCUGUUGCAGUGACCAUCAGUGCAAGUGGCUUCCAGCUCCCAUGGACACUUUCUCCACCCAGACGCUGGCCCUGAAUGUCAAGUCUUGUCAUGACAGCCUGGUUGCCGUUCGCUAUGCGUGGACCACAUGGCCUUGUGAAUAUAAGCAGUGUCCCCUGUACCACCCCACCAGUGCCCUGCCAGCUCCUCCCUUCACUGCUUUCAUUACAAACCAGAUUCCUGGGUAUCGCAGCAAGGUUGCUAAAUGAUUUCAUUGCGGUAUGAUCGCAUCUUAGACAUAAGUGUGGCUCCUUUAGAUCUGGGCAUUUAGGAGUUUAAAUGACAGCUAUUGCUUUUUAAUGGAAGUGAAUAGAACUGCCUCAUUGACAGAGCCUGGCUAGCACAUGGCUGUUUCCAUAUUCUGAGAUGCCAGAGCUGGUAGGCAAAUGAAACCCUUGUCUUUUGUCUUCCAGUUGGGCCAGGUAUCUGUAUUAGACUAAUUCCAAACUACAAACAACUUGAAUCUCAAUGUCAUUCACUUCCCUUAUUACUGGGAGUGAAAUGUCUUUAACACUUUUGUCCCCUUACCUCCAGACCGUGGAAACUCAGGGUUGGAAGAGAUUUUAAGGCCACGCAGGCCGGCUAGCAUUUUUUUCGCCAUAAAGUAUGAGAGGUGGUUA